CAUCAUAAUUAGACUAGUGGAUUAGUGAAGUUCUAUAUGAGAAUCCCCACCACUCCUGGCAGUGAUGGCUUCAGGAAAAGACACUUGCCCUCUCCUACCUAAACUUGCCAACAACUCUUCUGAUGAGAAGUCACAUAAACCUGAUAAUAAGAGUAGUGAGGUUCAUUUGCCACGAUUUUCAUUAAAGCAAGGGAUGAUCCCGAGAUACUACGUUAUGCCUUGGAAAGAAAGUAUGGAAUUCAGGAGUAUAAAUCUGAAGCAUGCCAGAGUGUGUGGGAUCCAUGCUGGCCCUUUAGAAGACUCUCUGUUCUUGAAUCACAGUGAAAGGCUUUGCCAUGGGGAAGAUCGUAAACUUGUCUCCAAAAAAAGCCCACCAGAAAUAAAAAUUGCAGAUAUGCCUAUGCAUUCACCUCUCUCCAAAUACCAAAGCACAGUGAUUUCCCAUGGCUUCAGGAGACGACUGGUUUGA